UUUCAGCUGCUGCCGUUAGUUAGGUGGUGUUCCCCGUCCGUGUUUUGGGUGUGAGCCUGUGCGCUUGCCGGUUCGGGGACAACGGGAGAGAGAGAGAGAUGAAGCAGAGAGAGGGUGGAGGCAGCGGCGCCAGCGGUAGUAGAGGCAACGUCGUGGAGGAGAGAAUAAAGGGGCCAUGGUCGCCGGAGGAGGACGCAGUUCUCAGCCGCCUUGUCGGCAAGUUCGGGGCGAGGAAUUGGAGCCUCAUCGCCCGCGGGAUUCCCGGCAGGUCUGGCAAGUCCUGCCGCCUCCGAUGGUGCAACCAGCUGGACCCCGGUGUCAAGCGCAAGCCCUUCACUGAGGAAGAGGAUCGAAUUAUCAUUGCUGCACAUGCUAUACAUGGUAAUCGGUGGGCUUCUAUUGCAAGACUGCUGCAAGGACGAACAGAUAAUGCAAUAAAAAACCAUUGGAAUUCCACUCUCAGGCGUAGGUGCCUGGAACUUGAUAAGUUGAGGCCACCAUCAUGUGAUGCAUUAGGUGAUAUCAGGGGAGAGAAAACCAAAGUAUCUGAUGGAAACGUGACACCUGCAGAUGUAGAUCCCCUUCAAAUGGCUGUAGACAAGGGUGUUGUCAACCAUUCGACAGACAUCACAGAACAACCUGAGGAGAAGGUUAAACCUAAUAACGAGACAAAGAAGAAAGCAAACAACCUUUUUCGGCCAGUUGCGAGGCCAAGUGCAUUCAACUUAUAUAAUCCUACAGAUGGUUCUGUAUCCUUCAGGCCUAUUCAGUUGCCCCUCCAAGGCUGCAAAUCUGAAAUAGGAGUGAGCAACUGUCUACCCAAAGAUUCUAGUGAAGCGCAGGUGCCAUCAAGAUGUGGACAUGGAUGCUGUGACAUGGAAUGGGGAAUCCGCCGUAAAAACUCACUCUUGGGGCCCGAGUUUGUAGAGUAUGUGGAAAUUCCACCUCUGUUAGGGCAUGAACUGUCCUCCAUAGCAGCAGAAUUAUGUAAUCUUGCAUGGGUCAAGAGCCAGGCAGAAACUGGAACUACACCGGAAUCGGCUGAUGAUCCUGGCCAGGAUCAUAUACAGAAGGUUGAAGUGCUCAGGGAUGCGAAUCUACCAGAAUCACAAAAUUUUGAGAACAAUGGCAACAAGUUACUGUAAUGGUAACUACUGGUGCAUUGGCCUUACUCUGUGCGCCCUUUCUUCUGAGACAACUGAGAAAUGCUGCCUCCUAAUGAGCAGCCCCAAGUUUUUGUGGACGGAAGGCACAAUUCUCUCCUUCUAGAGGAUCAAUGCGGAGGAUCUGUAUGAGCUUCAAAUGAAGGAUGGGCUCCUUACCGUGUGCUUUGCCGUGUAAAAGGAAGCAUCUAUCCAAUUUUAUUUGUUAUA